AUGGAUCUUAUUGGAGGUGCUGUUUUAGGAACAACAUUCGGUAGACUCUACGAUGGCGUUGAAGAUCUGAUUGCCAAGAACCGCUUGUUCAGAGUUUUCUUCCAAAAAAUCAAAUCCAGGCUAGACGAUCUGAACCCACUCAUGGCCGAGAUGACUCAGUCUAACCAGCAACUGUCUUACACACAGAGCGAUGAGCUUAGAGGUUUAGAAGCAGUACUAAAGGUUGGCGAAGAGCUAGUUCUAAAGUGCUCGAAUGUUAGGCAGUGGGAUCUCUACAGAAAGUACAAAUAUGCCACAAAACUUCUUGAAUGGGAAGAAAAUCUUGAAAGACAAUUGCAGCUGCUGCAGGUGCAGGUGCAGGGAAUCAGGGAUGGGAAGAAGACUGCGGAAGCAGUAGACAAUAUAGGGGUUUCGACGGGGAAGAUGCAGGCCUCUUUAGCAACUGUCGAGGUUUCUGUAGGGAGUGUGAAGGAGGGGGUCGACCAAAUUUCUUGUACUCUCGAGGAGGUGAACCAACUCAUGAAAGAGAAUUUUGUGAUACAAGACCAAUCUACUGAAAGUAAAGCUUGGUGUGCAGUACCUGAACUUCCAGAGGUUAUAGUUGGAUUGGAAGCUCCUUUGAAGGAUUUGAAGACAAAUCUUCUCGGGAAUGAUGGAUUCUCAAUGCUUGUGCUCACUGCUCCUGGAGGAUGUGGGAAAACUACCUUGGCAACAAACUUUUGCAAAGAUCAGGAAGUCAAAGAUAAAUUCGGCACAAAUAUCUUCUUUGUCACUGUUUCGAAGAAGUAUAGCUUUAAUUCUAUUGUAGAACAACUACACCGACACAAGGGUUCUCAAGUUCCUUCUCUCCAAAACGAAGUGAAUGUUGUUCAGUGGCUGCAAAAAUUUUGGACGGAUGCAGAAAAUAAACCUUUACUGUUGGUCUUAGAUGAUGUUUGGUUUGGAUCAGAAUCUCUUCUUAACAAAUUUCAAUGCAGAAUGGCAAAUAUUAAGAUUCUCGUGACAUCAAGAUCUGAAUUUCGAGCAUUCAGUCGUCCCCAUCAUUUAGCAAUGUUGAGUGAUGACGAUGCAAUGCAACUUUUUCGUCAUUCAGCAUCCUUGGGAGACAAGAGCUCUCAUAUUCCAGCAGAUCUUUCAAGAAAGAUAGUAAAGCGUUGUAAGGGAUUUCCACUUGCCAUUACAGUGGUGGGCAGAUCGCUUUGUGCACAACCUAUAGAGACGUGGCAACACAGACUAAAUCAAUGGUCUAAAGGUUCAUCUAUUUUUGAUUUUGAGACUGAUUUACUUCUUUGCCUCCAAAGCAGCUUAGAUGCUUUGGAUAAGAAAAGGGCUAUCAUCAAAGAAUGUUUCUUGGACCUUGGUUCAUUUCCUGAAGACAGAGCAAUCCCCGUUGAUGCCCUCAUUGAUAUAUGGUCUGAGUUAUAUGAAAUUGAUGAAGACACUGCGUGUAUUGCCAACCUCUAUGAACUCAACAAUCGGAGUCUUGCUAAUCUUAUAGACGAUAGGCAAUCGAAGUUGGUUGGGGAAGGAUAUUAUGGUGACCACUAUGUCACCCAACAUGAUGUGCUUAGGGAGCUGGCAAUUUAUCACUCGAAACUAGAUUCGGUAGAGCAUAGAGAGAGAUUGAUCAUAGACAUAUGUGGAAGCAAUCUUCCCAAGUGGUGGAGGGAACAAAAGUAUCAAGUUAUGAAAGCUCGCCUUCUAUCUAUAUCAACAGAUGGAGAGUCUUCAACUUCGAAAUGGCCCAGCAUGCAUCUGCCAGAAACAGAGGUACUGCUCUUGAAUCUUCGAGAGAGAGAGCAUGCUAUAGCCGAAUUUGUGGAGAAAAUGGACAAAUUGAAGGUACUAGUAAUCACAAGUGAGGAUUUCAGGUAUAGUGCUUCCUUGCAUAAUUUUCAAGUACUAAGUCGGUUAUCCAAUCUAAAGAGAAUCAGAUUAGAGCGCAUCUCAAUUUCAUCCAUAUUCAAGAACUCCAUACAAGUGAAGAGUCUACGGAAGUUGUCUUUGAUCAAAUGUUAUUACGGAAUCGGUUCAGCCAAAUUUUCCCAUGCUUUUCCAAAUCUAGAAGAGAUACACAUCAAAUACACUUCAAUAACAUUUCACUCGUCAAGGGCUACUGAGACAGUACUUAGCGGGCUAUGUGAUCUGAUUUCCCUAAAGAAGGUCACCCUCACAAGUGUUUUAUUAUGUGCUUUCCUUGACGGGAUUGGAAAUUUGGUCAAUUUACAAGUAUUGAGGCUGAGGUCAUGUCUUGUUCUUUCAGAGCUUCCAAACUCGAUCAAAAACUUCCACAAGUUGAACUUUCUUGGCAUCUUUAAUUGCAGAAAACUUGGCGAGUUACCUGAAUGCAUUGGUGAAAUGAGCAGUUUAAGAAAGAUCGACUUGAGACGUUGCCCUUUAUUGAACAAGCUGCCUCGAUCAGUAUUGGAUUUGAAGCAGUUAGAGGAGGUGAUAUGUGAUGAAGGUACAGAAAGCUUAUGGAAAUCCCUGUUGCCCAGUUUCAGAGACAGAAACCAAGACAUACGCGUAACGAUUGGGCCGCCACGAUUGCGAUAA